ACCCAAGCUCUAGCUAUGGCAGCCACGCCGCCCAAGAGGAAGGAGCUGCUGCCACCUCCGCCGCCGCCGGCGUCGUCGUCCUACGAGGCGUGGGACCUCUCCGACAACGAGGCGGCGCCGGCCGCGUCCUGGGCCACCCUCCCCAACAGGGCGCUGCUGUGCCGCCCGCUGCCGCUGGACGUCGGGAGGUGCACCUGCGUCGUCGUCAGGGAGAAGGCCACGGGAACCAGAGGCGUGUCGCUCUACUCGCUCUACACCAACGAGGGGCAGGGGCGGCAGGACCGGAAGCUGGCGGUGGCCCGGCACCGGAGGAGGAGGGGCAGGUCGGAGUUCAUCCUGGCGCAGAACCAGGACGGCGUCUUCUGCAGCUCCGACAAGAACUUCCUGGGGACUCUGGGUGCCAACCUCGUCGGAUCCAAGUACCAGAUUUGGGGCCAGGGGAACCGGAUCGAUGAGCUCAAGUCGAAGCGGCUACUCGGCGUUAUCUCGUUUGCCCCUACCAUCACUACUCUGACCGGUAGUUUCAGAAGCAUGAAGGCAUGGAUUCCCAAGAACCAGUCAAUGCAAUUGAAGACCAGCAAUUCUGCUCAGAUUCAGCACAUUGGUGGGCUUCCAAAGGAUUGGCAGGAGAAGACGAGCAGAGCUGACAAACUCUGCUCAAGGUCUCCUUUCUACAACAAUAUGACGAAGCGCUAUGAACUAGACUUCAGAGAGAGGGUAGGGAGGAUGGGAUACAAGGUGCAGACAUCGGUGAAGAACUUCCAGAUGACCUUGGAGGAAAACGGAAGGCAGACGAUCUUGCAGCUCGGCAGGGUCGGGAAGUCCAAAUACAUAAUGGACUUCAGAUACCCCUUGACUGGCUACCAAGCAUUCUGCAUUUGCUUGGCAUCGAUGGACUCGAAGCUGUGCUGCACGCUGUGAGAUGAUGCGCAUCGGAGUUUUGUUUGGUUGACUGUUGUUUUUGUACUGCGUCUUGAUGUCUCUUCCAGUCGAUUAUGUAUAUGCAGUCUUCUCACCUUGAGAAGGAGCCAAUAAUAAUGAGAGAGCAAAUUCUUUUCA